AUGGCGGCGACGUUCGAGCAAUGGUCGGCCCAGUUCAGCGCGCAGGUGAAUUUCAAGGUCUGCAACGCGGCGGAGCGCCUGUUUGCAAACGAUGAGGGCUGUCGCAUCUACCUGGCGGACAAGAAGCUGACAGACGGCGACGUGCGAGGCGUUGCGGCCGCGUUGCAGUGCAACAACACGCUGACGAACCUCGACAUGGGGGGCGCGUCGUUUGGCCGUCCUGGCGCGCAAGCCCUCGCCGACGCGCUGCGGAGCAACACGUCGCUGCGGGAGCUGCAUCUGCGGUACACGGAGACUCUGGCGGACGGGGCGAUCCCGUUGGCGGAAGCGCUGCGAGGCGGCGGAGCGCCGAUGCUGGAGGUGCUCAACCUCACGGGCUGCGGGCUGGACGGUGAGACGGCAUGCGUCGUGGGGGAGUGCCUCGCGGGGUGCAAGCACGUCGUCGAGGUCAGCCUGAGCCAGAACGAGGGGUGCGGGGACGGCGCCGCGGCCGGGAUCGCGGCCGGAAUCGCCGCUGGCGCCACACCGAGACGGGUGAACGUGCACUCGUGCGGUAUGACGGACAAGGGCCUCGGUUUGCUCGCGGACGCGCUGCGCCGUGACACGCACAUGGAGCAGUUGAACCUGUCCUCCAACAAGUUCAGCGACGUCGGCGCGGAGGCCCUCGCGGAGGCCCUGCGCGCCAACACGACGCUGCGUCGCGUCAUGCUCGUGAACAGCCCGGGCAUCGGCCAGCGCGGGUGGGCGGCGCUGCAGGCGGCGGUGGAGGCCCGCGGGGGCGCACUCGAGGUGAUCGACGCCUAG